AUGAUGCCCAAAUAUCUCUGUAUUUUUUCCCCACUUAUUGUGCCUGUUUUUCUCUGUGCCGUUCAUUUCGAUUUGUUUUUGUGGCAAUCUUUCUGUCAAUUCUUUUCUUUCAAGGUGGUCCAUUAUUCUUAUUCAUUGUCAUUCCUUAUGUCCAUUUCUUUCUUUCUUUUCUCUUUUUCUUUCUUUCUUUUCUCUUUUUCUUUCUUUCUUUUUUCUUUCUUUCUAUGCAAUAUUCCUUAUCAAAUUUUUCUUUCAUUCUUUUUUCUUUUCUUUCUUUCUUUCUUUCUUUCUUUCUUUUUUUUCUUUUUUUUAUUUUCGGAAAAUGUUCCUUUUCUAUUCUGUUCAUCUUUUUCUUUCUUCUUUGCCUCAUUUUUCUUUCUUUCUUUUUAUUUUUCUUUCUUUUCUAUCUGGUUUUUUCUUUCUUUUCUUUCUUUCUUCCUUUCUUUCUUUCUUUUCAUUUUUUUUUUAAUUUCUGAAAAUAUUCGCUUUUCUCUAUCUGGUCUCUCAAUAUUUCUUUCUUUUCUUUCUUCCUUUUCUUUCUUUCUUUUUUAUUUCUUUUUUUCUUUUUCCUUUUCUCUAUCUGGUCUCUCAAUAUUUCUUUCUUUUCUUUCUUUCUUCCUUUCUUUCCUAAUUUCUUUCUUUUUUAUUUUCGUAAGUUCAUCUCUUUUCUCUAUCUGUUCGCUCAUUUUUCUUUCUUUCUUUCUUUCUUUUUUAUUUUCGGAAAAUGUUCGCUUUUCUCUAUCUGGUCUCUCAAUAUUUCUUUCUUUUCUUUCUUUCUUCCUUUCUUUCUUAAUUUCUUUCUUUUUUAUUUUCGUAAGUUCAUCUCUUUUCUCUAUCUGUUCGCUCAUUUUUCUUUCUUUCUUUCUUUCUUUCUUUCUUUCUUUCUUUCUUUAA